AUCAGUAGUCUUUGUUGCGCGAUGUAAAACACGGUACACGUUCCUUUCUCUAUGGCUAGAUCGUUACUUUGACCGUUUUAAUAUAGCAACUGUCGCGUUUUCUUAGUUUCGUGCAUGCAUAUUUGCCAACAAGCAUGUACUUUCGUUUAAACGUUCACGCGACCACCACAGUCGUUGCAAUCCAUUGCUUGAAAUUUGUUUCAGACGAAUGCUAAUCGUUUCGGUAACAAUUCCGAGUCAAGACGCGAAAUGUGUGAGUCGGAACAAGUUACCACGAGGACAAGAAGGGCCUCGAAACUGAUUUCCGAGAGGACACCAAACGAUACUUUGUCCACGAAGAUGAAGACAAAGAAAACUUCGUAACGUGGAUAAUCACGAAUAACGUGGGUGUAACCAACGACUGUCCUCCGAGAUGCGAUUCAACAAGCAGGAAUUGCUGACUCUGGCCACGCAACCGUCUCAGAAAUUCGAGAAGGAGGGUAUAUUGUAUGUACGCGAGCGGCAAGAAGGCUUCUUUCGCAGAACAGAGAGUACAGGUAAACAAUCUGACAACAAAUUUCAAAAGGGAAAAACGCAUAAGACACUGCGAGACUUCAGUUGCGUUACAGCCAGUACGAGUAAAGUAAGUUUGGAGAGAUGGUGCAGAUUACGGGGGAACCUGUUGUUUUAUUUCAAAUCGCGGGAGCAAUGGUCGGAACCCCUGGGAGUAAUAAUACUCGAGCAAUGCUUCGUUCGCGUAGAACAACCGAGCAAUCAUAUCCCCUAUGGAUUCAGCAUAGUCUUCGACGGAGGUCUGUUUCAAGCGUUGGGCGCAAAUUCAGCGGAAGAGAGGGACAGUUGGCUGCAGGCGCUUCAGCUGGCCAGCUACGAGUGCAUGAGAAGCCAGUUGCUGGCGUUGAGGCAACGAAUAGAAGCAUUUAGCGGGCACAAACAGGACACGGACAUUCAAAUGUUGCGACUGCAACGCGGUAUCUCGUCAGAUCCCGCCGAGAUACCGAUGUGCGAGAUAUCGCUGGCGUGCGACAAUCUCCUCUGUGACGGUCACGGUCGGCCGCCUAAUCCGGUUCUCGAGGUGGACGUUCAGGCAAAGGGUUCCAAGACCUGGAUCAAGUACGCGCGAACAGAGGUGGUGGAGCGAAGCAGCAAUCCCGGUUUCUUAACGACCGUGAGCUUCAGAGCCAGCGACGGCUUGACCACAGGAACGAAAGCGAGGAUAACGGCGUACGACGUUAGGGAACGCGUGAGUCAGACAGCAACGCCGAUAGGAACCGUGAUCGUCACCCUGAACGCGGUUCAAGACACUCCCAGAUUAAGGAUACCGUUGAAAUCGGCGAAAACGACGACCGUUGGCUUCCUGACCAUCAACGUGUGGAACCUAGAGGCAGAGGAUAAAGGGAACAGCACGGAGAGCACUCCGUCGAAGGAACCUACCUCCGGGUCGAAUCAGCAGAUACUUUCGCACAGGCGUUCGCAAUCAUUGCCACCUCGACUAGGAACAAAAAUCAAAUUGCCGCAUCAGGGACAACUCAAGCUUCUUUUCGCCAAUCCGUACAUGCAAACUUACAGGUUUCACUCUGGCUUAGGCGGGGAUAUCUGCGUCCACGAGAUCAUGGCCGAAAGUAAACUUUGUUUUCAGUUUCCGCAGCACUUACUUGCAAUUUGGAUCCAAGAGGAGAAGGAAUUGCUGCAGGAGGUGGCCGGAAUGGGUGAACUGCGAGAGCCUUGGCACACCAAGCAAAUCGAAUUGCUCGAUCGUCAUCUACAUCUCUUGCACCUCUAUUCGCAAGCUAAAGAGAAUUUAUCUACCUUUAAAGGGAGUUACUUUAAACGGUCAUCGCGCAGAAACGAUAGGACGCUAGAGUUUGCACCACUGAAUCUACACCUUCAGAGAAUGUGGGUUCACAACGACACCUUGAACAAAUGUGGAUUUUACGAUUUCAUAACCGUCGGAGCGUUCACCGCGCAUUCGCAUAAAAGCAAAAACGGAGGUCUGAUAAGAUUGGUGCAAGCUUUGAAAGAAUCGCCGACACGCGGUAGCCAGUUGUAUCAAGGAACAUCAAAGAUAACGAUGGCGCACGAUGCGAUUCAGGCGAUCAAGCAACUCCGACGCGACGUUGUCGACGCGAUGCGCGCUCUGAUGAAACUCGCGAAGGAGAAGCAGACGAGCGGAAUGCUGCCAAUUUGCGAGGACAUGAUUACGAAAACCAGGAUCCUGCUUAGUCUUUGGGAUCCGGGUUUGGUCGAGGAAGCGUUAACGUUUCUCGAAGAGUAUAAAGUAGCUAAGGUUCCCGAAGACGCGAACGAGGACACUCUGAACUUGGACUUCAAAACGAAUCAAUCGUUGUCCCCGUUCAAGCGGAUCACCCAACAAUUGAAUUUCGAUUUGAAGAGCCCGGAUUUCGAUGAUUUCGUUACACCCGAUACUCCGGAGUGCGUCAAGGAUCUGUGGAUGAAGGAGAACGAAAAGAACACUUACGCAACAUUCUCUGCGAAAACAGAACGAGAACGUGAACGCGACCGCGAACGAGCGAAGCAUAUUAGUUCUAUCGGCAACGACGAUUCCGUGGCCGAGGAAAAUUUUGUACUUUUCCCUGGGGUUGAGAAUGACACCAGCAAAGAAACGGAAAUCGAAACGUACAUGGAAACGAGUUGCACCGGUUUUGGUGUUCGUCAACCCCAAAGUGCUGGUGAUAAUGAUAAUGACAAUGACAACGAGAAUGACAACAACGAUAUCGGUAAUGACAAUGCGAAUGAUAAUAUUGUCGUUAACGAACACGAGGACAACGAAGAGAAAGAGGAGAUCAAAGGCGAAAUCGAUCCGUGUAAACGGUUCUUGGAUACUCAGAAAAUGUGCAAUUCACCAUCAGCGAACUAUUACAAGCCCACGGAUGAACCGGAGCCUUGGGACCUUACGCAGCUGAACAUCGAGGCCAGCGUGAUGUGUCUGGUAUCGAAAGUCAAGUUUCUCUGCGGCAGAUGCAGCAGUCCGGCGGUGCGUUUGCGGAAUAAAAAUACCGUUGGAAGAUCGCACAGCUUGAAAGGAUGUAUGCCGAACAAUCGUAACAAAAGCGUCGAAGUUGUAACGAUUCAGCCAAAAAACGACAUAAAAAACGACGAGUCGAUCAAACUUCUCGAAAGUGUGGAAAAUCGUAUCGCCUCGCGACAACAUCCGAGCCCGGGAACGGAGAAAACGCUGCCAGCCUUUUCGAAAGCCAAAGAAGUGUGCCAGGCGGUUGACUCGAUGACGAGAGUGAUCAAAAGUAAUUCGGGACAAAGAAACAAGUUCACGGAGGGUCUAGAUUUUGCCUCGAUCGUAGACUGGACGAGCGAGCUCAGACCAAGCAUGAAGAAGUUGCGUCAAGCCAUGGACGGUCUCUUGAAAACUGCGAGAUUGACGCACUCGGUGUUCAGAGUGCAAGAGGACGCGAAAAUGGCUCAGCGUGCUUGCAACGUUCGAUACAGGCGAGACGUGUGCUUCAGUCAAGCUUUGACCAGUUUGGUAUCAGGCAUAAUGGCGAAACUUUGGUGUCAAAGGCCCGACCCCAUGUUUCUCCUAAUUUUAACUACCCUGGGUCCUCUGGUCUCGUUCGAAGGGCUUCUUAGCUAUUACGGGGAUGAGAUAGACAUGUGGGGAGACAUGGCUGUGGCAGUGGAGGACAUGCAUACCGUAACUUUUACUCUGACCAGAUGUGGUAUUCAGUCGAGGCUCGAAGGAAACUGCAACGGACCGCUGGUUCAACUUCCACUACCAAGAGUACUUGGAUCUCGUGCUGCGUUAACGGUGAUGCUUCCAGUGCCGGAUGCGAUUUAUUCUUUGCUUCCACUGGUUCCUUCUUCCAGACAAACUAUCUCCUUUAAUGUUACCCCCGUCUUCUUCAAUGUCGGUAUCAACGAAAUGGCCUCCCUGGCGGAGAGCCUAGGAACCACGAAACCGCAAGAAAAGAGCAACAUGGACAAUUUCGACAGAUUGAACGAAUACUAUCUGCGGUUUAAGAAGCUCAGCUUGCCCACGGAAACGGCAUCGACUCGACUCGGCUCGAGAUCGGCGCUUGGUCAAACGUUGGCGGAGCUCAUGGCCAAUCUGAAGACGAGCGUUCAGGCCAGAGUGAACAAGAACGUCGAAAUCUUGCAGCUGUCCUCUCAGAUCUGUCGAAGGAUGCGCGGCCUGAGGUUCACCAGUUGCAAAAGCGCAAAGGAUCGCACCGGUAUGUCGAUUACUCUCGAGCAAGUGAACAUACUGACCAGCGAGUACCAUCUGGCCGAGCACGAAUUCCCGAGGGCUCUCGACUGCAUGAGAAGCGAGGGAUGUCGACGAGAGAAUACCUGGAAAAAUAUCGGAAUUCGAAAAUACGCGUUUAAUAGUUUGCAAAUUCUGACACUACCCAAGUUGUAUCGUCCGCCGACAGGAACUUACGGAUCGGCGCAAACUUAAGUAGAAACGUUGCUUACCGUUCAAGCAACUUUUCUCCGACGCACAACCUUAUUUAACACGUUGAUCGCCGCAUUUUUUUUCUCACCCUGGACCCACGUAAGUACAUAUCCGAUUGGAUACACGUGGCGGUCAACAUGUUAAUAGCACGCAUGUGCCCGGAAACAUCAACCACGUAAGACCAGUACUGUCACGUACGAACAAUACCAUGAAAUUUUGUUGUUUUUUUUUUUUUUGUACCAUUAGCGAACAUGCGUGGAAUUUUUACAGAAUUUUUGAAAUUCGUUUCGUUCAGUUCGUUUAAUCGAGGAAAGAGAGUGCCAUUUAAUAUAUAACGUGUCGCGUUUUAGCACGAGUUUAGAGGAUGCUAUAUAGGAGGCCGUUGGAUUCGAACAAAUGUAUUUUUAUUAUUUCUGUACAUAAGAUUUUACUCGAUAAGGUUAGA